GAUUGCAACCCUGGUGGUGAGGGGUUUAUGCUAGAAACACAAAUUAAAACUUCAAGGUUUUUCUCUAUUUUUUUUUUUUGUCCUCCCCUUUUUAAAUCUGCAUUGAUUGUUUCCUUUGGAGUCUGCAAAUAACAUCCCUAUUGCUGUAGCAGAGCGAGUGUCCUCUGUUGCAGCAUGUGCAGAAGAACUCUCUGCUGCUGAUCCAAACCAUGAACUGCUGCUUUCACUUCAAGAGAUUUCCUCCUACAUCAGCUAAUACAGCAGAUCAAUGCUUCAGUCGCCCAUCUGCUGCCAGUGGUACACACAUGCAGGUUAAAUGAAUACCUGACGAAAGGGCCCACGUUUCAAGGCAGUGACAUUCGAUAGCUGAGAGGAAAAGUGGCUUUAAUGAAAAUCAACCUUUGGAAUUCCUGCUUGUGAAAAAUCCCAUUCGGCAUCUUGUGCUGGCACUAAAGACAUGAUCAGCAGCAGCAGUGUAUAUGGCUUGAAGAUGCAGUGGACGCCAGAGCAUGCUCAAUGGCCAGAACAGCACUUCGAUAUAUCGUCAACCACGAGGUCACCGGCUCAUAAAGUGGAAGCAUAUCGUGGUCAUUUGCAACGCACUUACCAGUAUGCCUGGGCCAAUGAUGAUAUAUCAGCUUUAACUGCAUCAAAUCUACUGAAAAAGUAUGCUGAGAAAUAUUCUGGAAUAUUGGAAGGAUCUAUGGAAAGACCUCUUCUCAGCAAUUACACUGAAGCUCAGUCAGGCCUUGUGAAUGGUCGAAAAAAUGAUGGAGAACCUUGGAACUCAGACGUCUAUCCUAUGAAUUGUGUUUCCGAUGUUAUUGCAGCAAGCAAAACUGGAGUAGGAGCCACUAUACCUCCAUCAGAUGCCAGCCUAGGCAGUUCUCCUGGGGUGGGCAACAACUUGUCAGAAUCUAGUUAUUCCAGUACAUGUGGAAGUCACUCAGUUCCUAGUCUACAUUCAGGGCUACCGUCUCAGGAAUAUGGAGCAAGCUAUAAUGGCUCCUACCUGCAUUCAAGCUACAGUAGUCAAUCUGCAUCUGCAUUGCCAUCACCUCAUCCAUCCCCACUUCAUAGUUCCGGCCUCCUACAGCCUCCUCCACCUCCACCACCCCCAUCAGCUCUUGUACCAGGCUACAAUGGAGCCUCUAACCUUUCAAGCUACAACUAUCCACCUGCAGGCUAUCCUCCACAGUCUAGUGUUGGGUCAGGGUAUAGCCCUGGAAGUGCACCACCUCCUUCUGCUUACCUCCCUUCUGGUAUCCCUGCCCCAACUCCUCUUCCACCAACAACAGUUCCAGGCUACAGCUAUCAAACACAUGGUUUGACCCCAAUUACUCCAUCAAGCUCAGCUAGCUCCCUCAAAAGAAAAGCGUUCUAUAUGGCAGGACAGGGGGAUUUAGAUUCUAGUUAUGGAAGCUAUAGUUAUGGACAACAAAGAACCUCACAUAGCCCUAUGUACAGAAUGCCCGACACAAGUAUAUCCAACUCAAAUAGAGGAAAUGGCUAUGACCGAAGUUCUGAGUCUUCAUCCUUGGCAUUCAAACCCACAAAGCAGCUAGCUCCUACUGAUCAGCAAAGAAAAUUUAGCAGUCAGUCAACAAGAGCCCUUACACCACCUUCAUAUAGCACUGGAAAGAAUUCAAGAUCAAGUGAAGCUUUUGUAAAAUACAACUCAUCUGCAAUCAAUGAACACAAUGAAGAGCAUAGACAACUGCUCCCACAUACUCUGCAAGGCCCCGGACUUCAUACAGCUACCUCAUCCAACCACUCUGUGGACGAACAGCUGAAGAACACUGAUACUCACCUCAUUGACCUUGUAACUAAUGAGAUUAUCAACCAGGGACAUCCAGUUGACUGGGAUGAGAUUGCUGGCCUUGAUUUGGUAAAGGCAUUUAUAAAGGAAGAAGUAUUAUGGCCUGUUAUCCGAUCUGAUGCAUUCAGUGGGCUUACAGCUUUGCCUAGGAGCUUACUUUUAUUUGGACCUAGAGGAACGGGCAAAACAUUAUUGGGCAGAUGUAUAGCUAGUCAGCUAGGUGCCACAUUCUUUAAAAUUACCGGCUCUAAUCUUGUCACAAAGUGGAUUAAUGAAGGAGAAAAAAUUGUCCAUGCAUCCUUUCUUGUGGCAAGGUGUCGGCAACCUUCUGUGAUUUUUGUAAGUGACAUAGACAUGCUACUUUCUUCCCAAGUAGGUGAAGAACACAAUCCAAUAAGCAGAAUGAGAACAGAGUUUCUUAUGCAGUUAGAUUCCGUUCUUUCAUCUGCUGAGGACCAAAUAGUUGUUAUUUGUGCCACAAGUAAACCCGAAGAAAUAGAUGAAUCUCUAAGGAGAUAUUUCAUGAAGAGACUUCUUAUCCCUCUUCCAGACAGCACAGCCAGACAUCAAAUAAUAAUACAAUUGCUCUCACAGCACAAUUACUGUCUCAAUGACAAAGAAGUUGCACUCCUAGUGCAGCGCACAGAAGGUUUUUCUGGACUGGAUGUGGCUCGCUUGUGUCAGGAAGCUGUGGUUGGUCCUCUCCAUGCCAUACCACCCUCAGACCUCUCAGCUAUUAUGCCGAGCCAGUUGAGGCCCGUAACAUACCAAGACUUUGAAAAUGUAUUCUGCAAAAUUCAGCCUAGUAUAUCACAGAAAGAACUUGACACGUACAUUGAAUGGAACAAAAUGUUUGGUUGCAGUCAGUGAUAAUAAACAUUACAAUGAUUGCUGGCACACAAAUUUAGGUGACCAAGGGGUAAGGGUCCCUUUUUGGCAGUGGCCUAAAUGAUAAAAGUAACAAGGCAGCCAAAAUAGACUUGCUUCUUCAGAUGGUAGACUUUAAUGUGCAUCACACAGCCAAUGUUCUGAAUUGAAUGACGUGACAGUGAGCAUAUUUUAAUGCUUAGUUCUGUUUAACGAAACCGACAUUCACAAAGAAGCAGGGUGGACAUGGGUUGACAUUGGAAGGACAUGAAUCCCGUGUACUGAUUCCAUUCAGCUGUUCUUGAAAUUUAGUUGCUGUCAAGUGCCUAAAGUGGUGCUUUCUUUUUUUGUUUGCCUCACAAUUACAUUGGUGGCAUGUGCUAAUAUUAAGAGCUUUAACUUCAAACAUUAAUGGACUAUAGAUGAACAGAUAAGUUGAAAAGACAGAGAGCCAGAUUUUUUUUUGCCAUGUUACGAGCAACAGUAUUCCUCAGUCCUGUCUGUUCUGCAGAAGGGAUAAGAAAAUUAAUCUGGAACUUAAUUUCUGUAGUUUAUUUCUUUUAACGUUCUGUCUGCAAAAAUGACAAACAAAAAAAAACCUCAGGAAAGUUGAUUUGUACAGUACCUCAAAGGAAUGUGUUGAAAGCACUAUUUACUGCUGAGAGAGAUGGUUGGCGUCAUUGUUGCUUUAUAUUACAAAUGUAUGUUUACCUCAAAAAAAUUGGAAAGUGGCAUGGAAAAUUACUUUGAAUGUAUUUGGUUGAUCCUAAAGAAAAUGGCUAAUGUCUUGCCAUAUUAAUUUGUAACUGACUUCUCCCUAUGUAAAUGAUACGUUAUUCAGAAUGACCAUUUACGAUAUUAAAUCAAAGUUUUUUUUUAAUAAGUUCAGAUGGUGCAAGUAUUCUUUAUAAAGAGAUAUAUUUACAGAAACAAAAUUUUUAUGGCCGUAAUGAACUCAACAUCAAUCCAACAACUGUAAAAACAGUUUAGUUUUUAUUAAAGCAAAGCCCAAAUACGGUCAGUUGUAAGCAUUGACAUUAAAGGUAGCCUUUAUGUUUCCUAGAUAUGCAUUGGCGUCUAACCUGAUAUGUUGUACAGUUUUGCAGUUGACACAUUGGCCAAGAAGACUAAUGGUUACAGUUGAU